GAGGAUGGCCGACAGCGACGAUCCAAAGCAGCUUCUGAUCGAAGCGGAGAGCAUGAAAAAGCUCGCCUUCUGUGGCGUUGCUGUUUCCACAGUUGCAACACUGGUUGCAAUAAUCUGUGUGCCAAUGCUCUGCACCUACAUGCAAAAUGUGCAGUCAAAUUUGCAGGACGAGAUCAGCUUCUGCAGGACACGUGCCAUCGGGCUGCGAGGAGAAUACACCAAACUUGAAACAUCACGCUCGGCCCUUAAAGCGGAGAGACAGAAGAGGCAGGCAGUCUUCCAAUGCUGCAGCUGUGGUAUUGGAGAAGCUGGCCCAGUUGGUGCACCUGGACUCGACGGUGAGGACGGUCGCGAUGGCGCUCCCGGCAAACCUGGAGCACCCGGUCAGGAUGCUGAAGAAGGCCAGCGACCAACAGAAAAAGACUGGUGCUUCAACUGUCCACCUGGACCACCAGGCCCUCGCGGUCAGCCAGGAGGAAAAGGACCAAGAGGCCCACCGGGAGACAGUGGACCAAACGGACAAGCAGGAGAGCCAGGAGAGCCGGGUGCGCCUGGACCACAAGGACCGAAAGGACCCAAUGGAGCCCGAGGAAAUCCAGGCCCAGCAGGAGAGCCAGGAAAACCAGGCGUUCAAGUCGAGGUACCUGGACCACCAGGACCGCCGGGACCACCAGGACCACAAGGACCACCAGGCGAACCAGGUGCACCAGGAAGAGACGGCCAACCUGGACGACAGGGACCGCGUGGCCCGCCGGGCGAACCUGGCAAAGAUGGUGCACCAGGCCAGGAUGGCGCGAAUGGAGACCAAGGCGAGGCUGGCCCCGAAGGACCAAAAGGCAGCUGCGACCACUGCCCACCGCCCAGGACAGCUCCAGGAUAUUAAGG